AUGGCUUUGGCGAUUUUGGCUCUAAUAGCAAUCGUGCCAUCAGUGUUAUCGCUACAAGAAGUUGCUCCAAAUUUAGACACUCUUUUCAAAUGGAAUUUUCUGGAAUAUAAUUUACCCUGGGAUCAUGUCACCAUGAGCAAAUUGAAACCUGAAAACACAGUUCCAACAGGGUUAGAGGUCGGCUGGAACCGUUUGUUUGUAGCUACGCCGCGGCUACGUCUGGGCGUAGGCGCUACGCUGAGUACAUUUCCACGGAACACUCCACCGGGAUCUAGCCCAGUUUUGCAGGCUUAUCCAGAUUGGUCUUUCCACGGUGCUGCCAGAGACGAAUUUGGAAAUUGCACAGGCCUAGUAUCAGUUUACAGGAUCCGUUUGGAUUCUUGUAACCGUCUAUGGGUUGUGGAUUCUGGUGUCACUAAUUCACUAGAUGAUUUCCAGAGAAUGUGUCCACCUAAAAUUCUAAUUUUUGACACUGCUACUGAUACUGUCAUCAGAAGCGUUGUUUUCCCACGUGAAGUUCUUCGUCCUUCAUCUCUGCUUACAAAUAUCAUUUUGGAUGAAACUACAUCAGAUCCUGCCAAUCAUUGUGAUGAUCUGUUUGCGUACAUUAGCGAUACCGCAGCCCCAGGUUUAAUAGUCUACGAUGCUGGCAGAGACCUUUCCUGGCGUGUCAUCCAUCCAUCCAUGUACCCUGAUCCAAAUCAUGCAUCAGUUGAAAUCCAAGGCGAAAGCUUCAGUCUUAUGGACGGAGUUGUAGGAUUGGCAUUUGCUCCUAAAUCUGGAACUUUAUACUUCCAACCAUUGGCGUCUGAUAGAUUAUUUGCUGUACCUACUGCCGUGCUUAGAUCAGGCCCAGUUCCUUUGGGCGGAGAAUUGCAAGUUCGAUUGGUGGGCAGAAAAAGCUCUCAGGGCUUGGGAAUUGCUGUUGAUUAUGAUGAUGAUACUGUUUACUUUAGUACAACCACUGAGACUUCAUUGGCCUUGUGGAAUCCGCAUAGCAAUCAUCAGAGAUUGUUAGCCAUUGACAAUAGUCGUCUCCAGUUCACGGCCGACGUCCGUCUUCCAGAAAGGGAUCCUGGGUUCUUAUGGGCCCUUACAACUCGUUUCCAGAAGUUCUUCUUAAGAAAUGUUUCUGCUCAUGAAACAAACCUGCGAAUCGUCCGAAUGCCAAUAAAAGCAAUUCAGUCCGGACCUCCAAUUCCUCAAUGGAGUUAUUUAAAUACAUUGGACCACUAUAGAGAAAAAUACUUGGACAAAAGAGACACAAAUUCCACAUCCAGAUAUUUGUAAAUUGAGUUCUGAAAUUGCAUUCAUGUUCGGCGAAUAUAUUUCAAGGUAAGGUUCAGAUUUUAAGGUAUGGUUCAGAACUGCAACAUUUGAAAGCUAAGUUUGAUUUCAAGGUAAUUUUCGAUAAAUCAAUUAUACAUAAAAAAUUCUACUCAUAUUUUUUAAAUUAUUUAAAAAUAUCACGAUGAGUAAAAAAUUUAAGACAACUGCCAUUGAUUUAUAUCAUACUUGUGCCUUAUAGACGGGUAACUUUUUGC